AUGCUCUCAGUGGUGCUCUCCCUAAUCGCGGACGGCGUCUUUUUCCUGGCCGCCAACCGAGUGGAUAACCGCUUCGUGCAGGGUGUUGUCGGGACUUAUGAGCAACGGAUCGGCUACGCUUUCUACGUCCAUAUGGGCGGCACUCUGUGCUGGAUGGGCGCUGCCCUCCUCGCCGUCACCACCGCAUACAAAGUGAUGGGCAGCGACCACGAGGAUACCUACGGAGGAAAGGAGCCCUACCACUGGCAGCAGAACGCCCGCCCAACACCGCUCAACGUCCGUGUGUCGUCCUUC